AUGGUCUUUUUCAAUGGCAGUAACUACAGACCCUUUUUUCUGACGGGUUUCCCCGGCCUGGAGGCCUCACACCCAAUGAUCUCCAUUUUAUUUUGCAUCCUGUACCUAAUUGCCAUUCUGGGUAACAGUGCCAUCAUAGUGGUUGUCCGAGUGGAACAGUCACUUCAUGCGCCCAUGUACCUUUUUCUCUCCAUGUUGGCUGCUAGUGACUUGGGACUCUGUGCUUCUACUCUACCUACUAUGCUCAAGCUUUUCUGGUUCAAUAUCCCUGAUAUUGAAUUUGAUGCCUGCCUCACCCAAAUGUUCUUCAUUCAUGUUUUUUCCUUAAUGGAAUCAGGCAUCCUGCUGAGCAUGGCCUUUGACCGCUAUGUCGCCAUCUCUAACCCACUCAGAUAUACUACUAUCUUAACUAAUGCCACCAUUGCCAAGAUGGGCAUGGGAUUUCUGAUACGAGCUGUGGCUGUAAUCCUCCCAGGACCUUUUCUCAUUAAGCGGCUGAAAUUCUGUGAAGCCUAUGUUCUCUCCCACUCAUACUGUCUACAUCCUGAUAUAAUCAAGCUUUCCUGUUCUGACCACCGCAUCAAUAGCAUCUAUGGUCUCAUCAUCAUUCUCAUCACUUUUGGAUUGGACUCUGUGCUCAUCCUUCUUUCUUAUUUGAAGAUCCUGAUGACUGUGAUAGGUAUUGCUUCCAGGGAAGAACAAUUCAAGGCUCUCAAUACCUGUGUGUCCCACAUCUGUGCAGUGUUGCUGGUAUAUGUUCCUAUGCUGGGAGUAUCCAUUAUCCAUCGCUUUGGGAAGCAUGUUCCACCUGUUGUCCAUAUUAUCAUGGGCUAUGUAUACUUAUUAGUCCCUCCUGUUCUCAACCCUGUUGUAUAUUGCAUUAAGACUCGGGAAAUACGUAUUCGUAUUCUGGGGAAUCUACAAAAAACAUAG